GCUUCUAGAGAGUGCCAUAGCUGUCAGACCCGCUCGGCUAAUAGUGUGGGCUUGUCAACAGUGUUUCAGGUUUCUCUCCGCCGCUUAAACCCCUUCCUUUCAGUACAGACAGCAAGACCAUCUUGUUCAGGAGUUGACUAAUGACCGUAUGCACCCAAACCAACAGGCGUGAGGCAACUGAUGCAUUUGUAAUCCCGUGUCUGACUGAACUCCAGUCUUCUCCUCUCCCAAGUGGUGAAACAGGAAGCAACAUCCCGUCAGGAAGAACCAGAAGGUGCCAUCCAGUAGCCUUGCCUCACGUCACGGAUCGCCCUCAGUCAGAAAUCUAGACGUGCAACUUUAGAGGGUGGGUCUCUGAAAGAAUUUCAGAGCUUACGUGGAGAUGAGGUGUGUUGCUCUCUGACGAGAACGAGGCUGACUGGAACACUGGAAAUCUGGCUCUGACUGCUCUUCACAGGCAAGGGGCAUCCUUUGUGGACCGAAGUUUCUGGAAGGGAUGUUGUGAAAGUAAAGGCAAAACUUUUACGCAUAUAUAGACCGACAUAUAUACACAGUACUUGAAUUCCUUCGCAGAAAGCUACCCUUUAUACUCAAGAAUGUUUCAGACGUUUAAAGAAUGGUUUUGGUUGGAAAGAUUCUGGCUUCCUCCAACAAUCAAGUGGUCAGAUCUUGAAGAUCACGAUGGACUCGUCUUUGUAAAACCCUCUCAUUUGUACAUGACAAUCCCAUAUGCUUUUGGCUUGCUGAUUAUCAGACAUUUCUUUGAAAAGUUUAUUGCUACGCCUCUAGCAAAAUCAUUUGGCAUUAAAGAGGAAGUUCGAAAGAAGAUUACACCAAAUACCGUCUUAGAGAAUUUUUUCAAACAUUCCACAAGGCAACCAUCUCAAACUGAUAUUUAUGGACUGGCAAAGAAGUGUAACUUGACAGAGCGCCAGGUGGAAAGAUGGUUUAGGAGUCGGCGGAAUCAAGAGAGGCCUUGCAGGAUGAAGAAAUUCCAGGAAGCUUGCUGGCGAUUUGCAUUUUACUUAAUGAUUACUGUUGCUGGAAUUGUAUUUCUUUAUGAUAAACCUUGGGUAUAUGACCUGUGGGAGGUGUGGAAUGACUAUCCCAGGCAGCCCUUGCUGCCGUCCCAGUACUGGUAUUACAUUUUGGAGAUGAGUUUUUAUUGGUCUCUGAUAUUUAGCCUUGGCUCUGAUGUCAAGAGGAAGGAUUUUCUAGCUCAUGUCAUCCACCACCUGGCUGCUAUUAGCUUGAUGAGCUUCUCUUGGUGUGCUAAUUAUAUUCGCAGUGGGACCCUGGUGAUGAUCGUGCAUGAUGUGGCUGACAUUUGGCUGGAGUCUGCUAAGAUGUUUUCUUAUGCCGGAUGGAAGCAAACCUGUAACACCCUGUUUCUCAUCUUCUCUACCAUAUUUUUCAUCAGCCGCCUCAUUAUCUUUCCCUUCUGGAUUUUAUAUUGCACCCUGAUUCUGCCUCUUCACUACCUUGAGCCUUUCUUUUCAUACAUCUUCCUCAACCUCCAGCUCAUGGUCCUUCAAGUCCUUCACCUCUACUGGUGUUACUUCAUCCUGAAGAUGCUCAGAAGAUGUUUGUUCAUGAAGAACAUCCAGGAUGUGAGGAGUGAAGAUGAGGACGAGGAUGAGUAUGAAGAAGAGGAAGAGGAGGAGGAGAAGGGAGAAAUCACCAAAGGCAAAGAGAGAGACUGUUUGAAGAACGGCCUCGGGGCCAACAGGGACCUUAUUCCCAACGGCCAACAUGGCCAUUAGCUUGAAGCCCACACAGCUCCUGGGGCACAGUGUGCUAUGAGGGCUGCUGGAAGCCAGAGUUGCUUCCCCCUCCUUACCUGUGGCCCACAGGAGCCACAGGGUCCCCCAAUUCUGCCCUUCC